AUGACUGUAAGAGAAGUUAAGUUGAGAAUAUACCUGCAAAAAAUAGUAAACGCAUAUACUGCUAGGGUUGAGAAACUUUUGAGGCUGGACAUCAGAAAGAACAAGAAAAUGGACCAAUUUAUGCUCCUAAAUGAUAUACUCAAGGAGAAUGUAACAAUAGAAAGCGAUCAUUAUACUAGCAAAGAAAAGAGACUCAUCUUGGGUAUAAUUAAGAAUAGAAUAUACCAGUACUUUGUGUACAACGAUAAGCUAGGAACUAUGAACACGUUGUAUCUUACUCUGAGGCCUGGGACUGCUGAGUCCAUUAAAUACGAGGCUGCCGAUAUAAUUAGACACAUGAUGGGGCCAAACCCGCUUAUAUACAGCCUAGACGAUGGAAUGCGUAUAAAGAAUGAAACUUCUGAAGAUGCAAGCCCAACUAAUAGUAGUGCUGACAUAAACACUAGAGUAUAUACGCUAGAGAUUGACGACACGAAGUUCUCAAACUUGGAAAAUAUAUUUCAGUCCACCACAGACAGCCUGAACAAUGAUAACUUCCAUUGCAUUUCUGAUUUAGCAGAGUCAAUGGGCUUGAAUUUUUUAGGAAAAAUCUAUUCUAUCCUAAACUACCACGAUUUAUACAAGCUAUAUAACACUCCACGUAGAGAAAGUGAUAUGCUAUUUGUAGAUUAUGGCUUGAAGCUUAUGUGUGAACACUAUUAUGAUCUCAAAUACAUGGUUAAGAAAAAAAAAACUAAAAUAAAGUGUAUUGAUAAGAAUAAUAAAUCACUUAGUGAAGAUGAUUUACAUUUAAUCGGUUCUAUCAUCAAAAAUAUAGAAAAAAUUAAACAUGAAAAGAAGAUACACAACUAUCUGUUUAAAGUGUUAAACUAUCUGGCAAAAAACACAGAUGUUUUGAAAGCAAAAGACGGAUCAAACACCAUAAAGAUAGAUACUGAUUUAAGCAAGUUUUAUGAUAACUAUAUAGCCAACAGCCCGCAUUUUAAGAACAUACUAGACGACGCUAAAGAAGAUAAAUUAGCUGAAAAACUGAAAAAAAAGCUUGAAUUUCUCAAUGUAGAGAAAAACAUUGAAAAAGAAAAAGCCCUGCACAAACAGCUCAAUGAAGCCAGCUCCAGCUCUUAUAGCGCCCACCCAAAUAAAGGGAGUGUUUUUGAUGCUUUUGGCGCAAACCCCUUACAAGGAAAAUCAGAGGAGUAUUUAGAAUGUGAGAACGUUCAGGAGCUUGUAGCUAGCUUAAAGUCACUGAGUAAACUGAGCCGAAUCCAACACUAUUACCUAUCCAAAAAGAUAAAACUGUUUGAAAAAAUGCAGAACAUAAGGCUAGCAGAAGAAAAGAAAAUAAAAGAGGAAGAGAAGAAGAAAGAAGUCACGCUCAUACAAAUAGAAGAAGAAGCACAGCCCGCCUCAGCAGAGCCAACAGCUCGAAAACUCUCCGUUGGAACACUGCUGAUGGGCGGUAUUGCUCUUACAGGAGCAACAGUGCUGUCGCAUAGCUACUAUCAGCCAAAAGGCGAAGCAAUGAACGCAUCUGACAAUAGCCAUUUAUAUGAUCUCUUGGACAGCACCCAAUUAAGAAGCAUGAACAAUCCCAAUAUAUCUUGA